UCACAGAAGUUGAAGUACAUGAAGAACAUCGCGUAGGUCUUGAAGUUAUACUGCAAGAUUUUAGUGGCAUGAUUACAACAGGCAAUAAAGUUGGUGCAGUGAAUGAUGUCAGCCUGAAAAUUCGUCUUGGAAAGGAUAUUGUCGUCUAUCGUACUCCUUACCGACUAGCCGCCAAUAAAAAGGAUGAACUGCUUUAUCACAAGCAGGGGUUCAUACGAUCAGUGCGCAUACCGAAGGAGCCAUUUCAUACGUUGUACAUGGACUGUUUGGGUCCUUUACCAGCUUCAACUGAUGGUUAUAAGCACGCUUUGGUAGUGGUGGAUGCUUUUACUAAGUACUGCAUUUUGACUCCUAUGAAGUCUGUGACAACUGCAGAAGCGCGUGAAAAGCUGCAUAAUGUUCUAGUGCUGUUUGGAACUCCCAAACGAAUAAUAAUGGACGCUGCCACGUCAUUUAAGAACACCACGUUUCCAAAGUACCUGGAUCGAUGGGCAUCGAGUACCAUUUUGUAA